AUACGGCAGCCCUUCUCCUUCUCCUGCCCAGCUGAGGUGCGCGGCCUGGGAUCAGAGCCGGCCCCACUCGCUGGCCAAGGCGGCAGAACACAGCAGUGCCAGGUUCUGUCUGGUCCCUGAUUCUCUGGGCGUUCCCUUCAGGCAGGCAGGCCUCUGAGGGGACAGGCGGCUCCUCGGGGGCUCUGUGGGUGGUCACGCUCCGUGGCACAGCGUGACUGCAGAGGAUGGUAACUGCAUCUCCUUAAAGUGCAGUUUCACCAGGCUCACAAACCAGCAGCCGAGCCCAUCAGCCCUCUGACUGCCCACGCAGCUCCACAGCGCUGCAUUCCGCUCCCUGCCCGGAUUUAGAAGGGCAGUGGCAGAUGCCUGACCACAAGACAUUCCCUGCUGCCUCACAGGCUGAAGCCCCUCCUUGCACACACGCAGCACGGGCUGCACCUAGAGAUGCAGAAACCGGUGUCCUGCCCGCUCCUUCCCCUCAGCACCACAGGGCCAGGGAACGUUCCCCCAGGUGUAGUGAUGCCAGACAGGCACUGCGUCCCUGGCCCCAAGCAGCAGGCCGCCCCUGAGCUGCUGGGGCCCAGCACAGUCCCCCCAGAAGGCCACGGAAGGCCUCAAGGAACACGGCCGUGCUGCGCAGCUGCUCUCAGCACUGCUCUUGCCUGCAGCUCCACCAGGAGAGCCCAGCAGACUGGACAUCAUGUGUGCCACGGAGUUCCUAGAGGAUUUUGUGGAGCUGCUGGCACAGCCGCUGCGCACGCUGCCUGCCGUCGGCCCGCCAGCCGUGCUGGCCUACAGACCUGAGGUGCUGCGGGGCCACCUGCGGGCCGAGGCAGAGGAGGACUGUGCUCCCAAGUGUGAGUACUGCGGAAGCCUGCUGAGGCCGUUCCCUUCCUUCGAAGACAUUUGCCCUCCACCACAGAAGUUCUGCUGCAAACGCAAUCAAGACCUCUACGAGUUCAUCAUAAAUGAGAGGAAGAAACAUGAAAGUGCUUGGAACGGCCCUAUUUCUAUAGGCUCUCACAAGCCCCAUGGCAGUGAAGCUGAAAGACAGCUGGCAAAGGAGAGAGCGUACCAGAGGCAGCAGGAAAGACAACUGACCAGACAGUUAGCCUUCCUGGCAGCUGAGCCAAGAACUGCAGCUGAGCUGAGAACUGCAGCUGAGCCGAGAACUGCAGCUGAGCUGAGAACUGCAGCUGAGCCAAGAACUGCAGCUGAGCCGAGAACUGCAGCUGAAUGUCCAGCACACCUUGGCACCAUUUCCUACCUGCUUUCUCAGGAGCCACCAUCUCUGACGGGCUGGACGCUGAUGCCUGAAGAGAGAGCAGCAGAGCUCGAGGAGGAGCCCAUCUCCUACAGCAUCACCUGCUGCGACUUCACUGUUAUGGGUUCAAGGGUAGCGAAGAAUGAAUUGUUGGAGAAAUACUACAAUCACGGAGGGAAGUUUCUUACCAUGCUCCCAGAUGGAACAGCACAGUUAUUCUAUCCAUCUGGAAACCUGGCAGUCAUCGUUGUACGAGAGAAAAAGCGGUUUGUUUGCAUAGUGCAGGAAGACAAGGAAAGUAACACUGAGAUACAGGCAGUAUUUGCAUCCAACGGCAGGAGCACCUGCUACCACCCGCACGGCACUGUGUGGAUAACGAUGAAUGCUAAAGGAGGGCAGUGCCUGGACCGGGCAGGCAACAGGGUGAGGAGGUGGACGUGGCCAAGCAGCACAGCAUCAUCAGGACCUUGUGCCCCACUGAGCCCCAUCUUCCUCUCCCUGAACCUGCAUGUGGGGGUCAGGAUCAUGGGCCAGGAUAAGAUCACAGUUUCCUUCCUUGCCAUGGGACAACAAGCAAAAUUCAACGUGGGAACAAAAGUGCAGGGCAGCCAGGCUGGCGAGCUGCAUGCCCUCCCCAAGCUGAAUGAGGAUGAGCUCCUGCUGCUAGCCUUGCGGGUGAGGAUCCUGCGGCUCAUCGAUAAGCUGCGCAGCUGCCUGAACUUCCCUUCCAAUGAGCAAUGGGACAAAAUGAAGCCACCAGUGUACCUUGUCACACAGACUUUAAAGAUCUUGUACCUUUGCACGACUUCCGACAUAAGCGAAGAGCUGUGCAGCUCAGUCAGGGCAAUAGUAAAUGCUCAAGUCUGAGCAGCAUGUGUGGUGUGAAGCAAAGUGAGUUGAGCCAGCCAAGACAGAGAAUUCUGAUGCCACAGUGUUGGCAGGCACUGAUCCCGGUGCCCCACAGCCCUGCCUGCUGUGGGCCAAGGGCACUGCAGUCCAGGGGCCAUCCUGCUGAUGGAACAGCUCAGGGUGGGGUGCAGCCAGCAAUGGGUCACGUUGUGUCAGCUUGUGGUGAGGAGCGCCUUGGCUGGGAGGUUUUGUGCAGGGCAUACUGACUGUGUGUCUGAUGUGAGAGCGCUGCUUGUCAGCGUGCUCCCUUCUGUCUCCCAGCAGCAGCCAGCUUGGGGUGAGCACUCAUUUCAGUCCAUAAAUUUGGCACAAAGAUAAAAGCAAACAGCUGAGGCACAGCCUGUGACAAGGGUAGGGGGAAGGGGUGUUUUGAGGCCACAGCAUGGCACUGCUGCACUCAGCAGCACUCAAAAAGGGCACAGUGCCGGCACUGUCCACGUUUCCCUGUUGGGAGCACUGCUGUCUGGCCAGCUGCAGGCACAGCACAGCAUGCAACAGUUCUCCCAUUCUCAGGGGAUAAGAGGCCUCAGUUGAACCAAAGCAACCAACAACCCCAGCAGCAUUUGCU